AUGACUAAAUCUGAUCAUCUGUCUGCUGCAUCCACCAUUUUGUUUUGCAUGAUAAAAUAUUAUAACUUUUCUUGUUUUUGUCUUUUCUUUCGUUCUUCUGUUUCUCUUUCUUUUCAUAUUCCUUCACCUUUUUUAUUCUCUUGCUUUCUCUACCCUUUCACCAUACAGGAACCUUUCUCUACAGGGUUUUCCUUCUCUCUCUUUUUGCUCCGUGGCUUUCUUUUUUUCCCCACUUUUACUAACUGGCCUUUUUUCUUCUCCCACUUUGAUCUCCAGACUUCUUUCUCUCCCCAGAUUUCUUUCUCUCUCUUUCACUGUCUGGAUCUCUUUCUCUCUCCUUUCACUCACAGGAUCUCUUUCUCUCUCUCCUUUCACUCUCGGGAUCUCUUUCACUCUCUCCUUUCACUUUCAGGAUCACUUUCUCUCUCUCCUUUCACUCUCGGGAUCUCUUUCUCUCUCUCCUUUCACUCUCGGGAUCACUUUCUCUCUCUCCUUUCACUCUCGGGAUCACUUUCUCUCUCUCCUUUCACUCUCGGGAUCAUUCUCUCUCUCCCCUUUCACCCUCCAGAUUACUUUCUCUCUCUCUCCUUUCACCCUCCGGAUUACUUUCUCUCUCUCCUUUCACUUUUGGGAUCUCUUUCUCUCUCUCCUUUCACCGUCCAGAUUACUUUCUCUCUCUCUCUCCUUUCACCAUCCAGAUCACAUCCUCUCUCUCCUUUCUCCAUCCAGAUCACUUUCUCUCUCUCUCCUUUCCCCAUCCGGAUCACUUUCUCUCUCUCUCUCUCCUUUCACCAUCCAGAUCACAUCCUCUCUCUCCUUUCACCAUCCGGAUCACUUCCUCUCUCUAAUUUCACCAUCCGGAUCACUUCCUCUCUCUCCUUUCACCACCUGGAUCACUUUCUCUCUCUCUCCUUUCACUGCCUGGAUCCCUUUCCCUCUCUUCUUUCACCAUCCGGAUCACUUUCUCUCUCCUUUCACCAUCCGGAUCACUUUCUCUCUCUCCUUUCACCAUCCGGAUCACUUUCUCUCUCUCCUUUCACCAUCCGGAUCACUUUCUCUCUCUCCUUUCACCAUCCGGAUCACUUUCUCUCUCUCCUUUCACCAUCCGGAUCCUUUCUCUCUCUCCUUUCACCAUCCGAUCACUUUCUCUCUCUCCUUUCACCAUCUCUCUUCUCUCUCUCCUUUCACCAUCCGGAUCUCUCUCUCUCCUUUCACCAUCCGGAUCACUUUCUCUCUCUCUCUCUCUCCUUCCACUGUCCGGAUUACUUUCCCUACUCUUUUGCUCAGUGGUCCUCUUUCUCUCGCUCUGCAUUUUUUUUCACUCAUGCAUCUCUCUCUGGAGGUUCUUUCUCUCUCCUUUCACUCUCCCAGGUCUCCUUUCUAUCCCCUUUCAAUCCCCAGGUCUCCUUCUCCCCUUUCAAUCCCCAGUCUCUGGUCUCUCCCCUUUCACUCUCUGGUCUCUCCCCUUUCACUCUCUGGUCUCUCCACGGUCUUCUUUAUUUCUUUCUUUUCCUGGCCUUCUUUCUCUUUCCUUUCACUCUCCAGCCUUUUUUACUUCUUUUGCUCUCCAGCCCUCUUUCCCUCCCCUUUCAUUCUCUGGCCUUCUUUCCUUUCCCUUUUGCUCUCUCUCUCUCUCUCUCACCUUCUUUCCUUUCCCUUUUGCUCUCUCUCUCUCACCUUCUUUCCUUUCCCUUUUGCUCUCUCUCACCUUCUUUCCUUUCCCUUUUGCUCUCUCUCACCUUCUUUCCUUUCCCUUUUGCUCUCUCUCACCUUCUUUCCUUUCCCUUUUGCUCUCACUCUCUCACCUUCUUUCCUUUCCCUUUUGCUCUCUCUCUCACCUUCUUUCCUUUCCCUUUUGCUCUCACUCUCUCACCUUCUUUCCUUUCCCUUUGCUCUCUCUCUCACCUUCUUUCCUUUUCCCUUUUUCUCUCUCUCACCUUCUUUCCUUUCCCCUUUUUUCUCUCACCUUCUUUCCUUUCCCCUUUUUUCUCUCACCUUCUUUCCUUUCCCCUUUUUUCUCUCACCUUCUUUCCUUUCCCCUUUUUUCUCUCACCUUCUUUCCUUUCCCUUUUGCUCUCUCUCUCACCUUCUUUGCCUCCCCUUUUGCUCUCCAGCCCUCUUUCUCUUUCCAACCUUCUUUCUCUGGAUUUCUUCCCAUCUCUUAUAUUUUUAUUUGGUCUUGUGUUUCACUUUCUGUUUUCACUUUUUUUUUUCAUUUUCUUUCUUUCCCUCUUUGUUCCCUCUCUCUCUCUCUUUUCUUUUGAUAAUUUUCAUUUUUCUUCCAGUUUCCUUCAUUUCAUUUUUCCUUUCACUCAUCUCUCUUUUUUUCUCUUUUCCAUCUUUCUUCUUUCAUCUUUCUUUUUUCUUUUUCUUUUUUUUGUCUUUUCUUUUCAUUAUUAUUUUUACUCUUCAUUUAUCUUCUCCAUCUUCUUUCUUGCUUUUUAUUCUUUUUUUUUUUACUAUUCUCUUUCAAUCUCCUUUUGA